AUGGACGAUCCUUGGCUAGUUAGGGAAGACUUUAAUGUUAUUACACAUGAUGGAGAGCGCACUGGUCAUAAUACUCGUGAUCGUGGCACUACUGCUUUCUCUAAUAUGAUGUUAGACUAUGGUUUAGAGGAUGCGGUGAGACACUUGAAUCGGACUUUAUCUGAUCACUCUCCUUUACUGCUUCAGUGGGUUUCUGAUGAUGAUUUGGGGCCUAGACCGUUCAGAUUCCUCAAUGUUUGGACCAAGCAUCAUGAUUUUUUAGCCUUUGUCUCCCAGAAGUGGUCGCUCCCUACUCAUCUUACAAGGAUGAUCGCUCUUUGGGAGAAGUUCUUCAAGCUAAAACAGGGUUUACGCUGGUGGAACCGACAUGUAUUUGGAGAUAUUUUUCAGGGGGUGUGUGAUGCUGAGGUUGGGAUUGAUGAGGCUAAGAUAAAAUAUGAUAGAGUUCCCACACUGGAGCACCGCAACUUACUACAUCAUGCCCAGGCAGUUUUAAAUCAGACCUUAUCUAUUGAGGAGGGCUUUUGGAAGCAAAAGGCCAGUUCACAUUGGGUAUGUGAGGGUGAUCACAAUACUCGAUAUUUUCAAGCGAUGGUUCAGGGGCGCAGGAUCAAAUCGCAUAUUAGGUCUAUCAGGACACAGGCGGGGAGAGUUUUAUCUACUCCAACUGAUAUUCAGACUUCGGCUAUUGCAUUCUACCAGGAUCUCUUAUCUGCUCCUCCACAGCCCUUGGAUCACAUCCGUUCUGAUGUAAUUCCCAGGCUCUUGAUGGUGGAAGAUAAUUUGGCACUAAACCGUCCCCUUGAUGCAUGA